UCCGCAUUCUGUGCAGGGAAACGUUUAAAUCAGUAUACACACACAGCGUCUGGUUAUUCUUUCUCUGUUGCUUAUAUUGCACUCAGGACGCUGUAUAUGCAGAAAACAUGAAGGUGUGUAUUGUGCUCUUCGUGUCUGCAUGCAUGCUGGUGGAAGCCGAAUCCGGUCUUGCUAAAGACAAUUCAAAAUGCCAGGAUGCAUCAGCUGGGUGUAAAGGCGUCAACUGUGACAACCCUGGUAUGGCAGAUAAGUGCCCGGUGACGUGUGGACGCUGCAACCCCGCAGACUGUGGACCUGGUAUGAACUGGAAUGACACCACUUGUAAACAAUGCUUGGACGGUAAAUGGGGACGAAACUGUCAAAAUCAGUGCAACAAAGGGUGUUCGGGUGGUACAUGUCACUCACUGUCUGGAGAAUGUGACACCUGUAAACGGGACAAGUAUAACAAGUUAUGUGAUGAAACAUGUGAUGCCAACUGCAAUAACUGUACAGAUACAUCCUCAAACUGUCACCGAACAACUGGAGCCUGUCUGUGUGGAUGUAGACCAGGCCUCUAUGGGGGUAAAUGUCUACAACGCUGCAUUGCCAACUGUAGAUUCAAGACAUGUAAUUCCUCUGGAAUCUGUGUUCAUGGUUGUAAGGAAGGAUACUUUGGACCAAAAUGUGAUGAAAACUGUGGAGAAUGUGUAAAUCAAUCUUGUUCAAGAAUAGGUACAUGUUUGAAAGGUUGCAACAGUGGAUGGUACGGUUUGAAAUGCAACACCCGCUGCAAUUACAACUGUGAACAUGCAAAUUGUGAUCAGAACGGAACAUGCAUGGCGUGCUUGGUCGGGUUUCAUGGCGACCAAUGCAACAAAAGCUGUUCUGCUGGAUGUGCCACGAGACAGUGUAACAGGGAUGGUAGUUGUCAAUGUAAAAAGACGAAUUUCGGCAAACAGUGUCUCAAUACCUGCAGUGUAAAGUGCCUUAAUACAAGUUGUAGUCAGACCUCUGGGGAAUGUGACUAUGGUUGUGUAUCGGGCUGGUAUGGAGCCACGUGUAGUGACACAUGUCCGGACAACUGUUCUGAUGGUACAUGCAACAGAGACGGUGGAUCGUGUCUGUCUUGUAGGGAGGGAUUCAGAGGAACACACUGUAACAUGUCAUGUCCUCCACAUUGUGUUGAAUGUCAGCAGAAUGCCAGUCACUGCACAUCAUGUGAGCCUGGUUAUUUUGGAAACACGUGUAAAAGAGAGUGCGACGGUUGCCUGGAUGGGAGGUGUAAUAUCACAGAUGGGUUGUGCAUAGCCGGCUGUAAACCAAGCUUGUAUGGACGAGAAUGUCGGUUAAAUUGCAGCAGAAAUUGUUUGAGGCAAAAUGGUGCCUCGUUGUGUUUUCCAAGUAACGGAACCUGUGUUUACGGUUGUAACACUGGAUGGUACAAGGCAGAGUGUGAUACUCCAUGUCCACCAGGGUGUAGCGGGACUACGUGUGAUGACUUCACUGGCAGAUGUUCAAAUGGUUGCAUAGAUGCACUGUAUGGUCCACACUGUAAUCACACAUGUAGCAGCAACUGCAGCAAUAGUAGGUGUCAAAUGGAUAGCACUAAGAGGCCUGUACUUUCCUGUACAGUUGGAUGUGAAGAUGGCAUGUGGGGCGACUACUGUGCCAGUACUUGCCCUGACCACUGUCCAAAAUGCAACAGAACCAUUGGUUCCUGUGUGAAACGUGAGAACUAUAAAACACCUCAAACCAACACUGUUGUCCCUUGGCUGGUGGUUCUGUUUGUGAUCAUCAUCAUUCUUCUUAUAAUGGCUCUAUUUGUCGUGAGAAGGAGUAAACCCCACAAUAUCCUGAAAUGGAGAUACACUGUCGGUCAUUCUCCAAGCAGCACGACUGUAAUGUCCCUAAUCAAUCCUUCGUAUCAGUCGACGCCAAGAGGUUCCAGAACUCCUGAGGAUUCUGACUACCAAGAGCUAGAGCCACUGACGAAUACAGUCAGAGAGGAUGAUUACAUCACACCAAGAGAUACAGACGAUGCUUACACACUUACGUCUACAGCCAGUCACCUUAUCUCCCCCAAUGAGUCCGGUAAUGAUGGGGGAUUUACACCUGACCUUGGUCCUCCUCCGUGUCAUGUGACAGACGAUUCACAUCCGGACACCAUGUUGUCAACAGAAGUGAUGGUGCAAGGUCUGAGACUCUACGUCGAACAGAUGAAGAGGAGUGGUGGUUUCACAACGCAGUGCUAUAACCUUCCCUAUGGCAAGCUUGGCCCCUGUGACGAAGCCGAGUUACCAGGGAAUGCUUCCAAAAACAGAUACAGAAACGUAUUACCCUAUGAUCAUUGCAGAGUCAAACUAACCCCUAUCCCCAACAUCCCUGGAUCCGACUACAUCAACGCUAGCUACAUAAACGGAUACGGAGAGCCACGCACAUUUGUAGCUUCACAAGGACCUUAUGGGGAAGUUAUACGGGAUUUCUGGAGGAUGCUGUGGGAAAUAGAUGCCAGUAAACUAAUAAUGCUCACAAACUGUGUAGAAAACAGAAAGGCGAAGUGUGAGAAGUACUGGCCCGACUUCGGACAGCCAGGCUCCAACUACGACGAUGUCCAUGUACAGUGUGUGGCCGAGGAGGAGCUGACGGACUACACAGUCAGGACGUUCUCUAUACACAGGGAGGCGGAGUUACCUAGGACACUGAAGCAGUACCACUUCACUGCAUGGCCAGACAAAGGAGUACCAGAGGAUGUCAGGGCGCUGGUGGACUUCCACAGACUGGUCAUGAACGCACCGUCGACUGGAAAAGGCCCAGCGGUCGUCCAUUGCAGUGCUGGUAUAGGCCGGACAGGCACGUGGAUCGCUCUGGACUAUUUGAUUGGACAAGCCAAGACGGAAGGUGUGGUAGAUGUCUUUGAUUGCAUUGUCAGGCUCCGGCACCAGCGUAUGGAUGUAAUACAGACUGAGGACCAAUACAUAUUUCUCCAUGAGGCCCUAAUGGAGGCGCUCCCAUCAUGUGACAGGAGACCCAGCCUUGUCGACAACGGUCAUGGGGAUUACGAAGUCUUGGGGAAAAGACGUCAGCCGGCAAAGAACCCAUUUUUGGAUCAAGGUGUCGUAAAUCACCAUGGCAACGACGUACUACCAGAAGAUCCCUUGCGCACCUAUGACAGACUGUUGUUAUCGCAGGGCAGAUUCAACUGAUCUUGACGACAGCCAAUCCAGUGUACGUUCCCAUAACCCUGCCAGUGGUAUCAUCCGCUGAAGACGGGAGGCCUCGACGCAUAGCCAAUCUCUUCUCUUCCAGUCUUGUUUUAAUAUAAUCCAAUAAUCAAUAUCGUUGUUCCUUUGAUGUUGUUAUUAUUUUUUACUAAGUUUUCAAUAAUUGUAUUAUUAAGUUAAUGGUAUCCUUCUCGGUUACAUUAAUGCAACCAUUUUGUACACAACUGCACAUAACUUGGAAAACGUGUAACAUAUUGCCCCCGCUUGGUUUUCUGUUUGUUGUUAACAGGUGAGGUGAAGUGAGGUGAAAUGGGGUUUAGCGUCGCGUCCAAGAUUAUUGGACUUAUAUAGGGACGUGCA